AUGGGACAGGUGGAAAUGCAAACGCUUCUCUUCGUGUGGGUAACAUGGAACCACUUUACUCUCAUCAGCGGAGAGUGGCUGUGUAGUGGCACCCCUCAGUCUGAGUUCCGUGGGACUGUCAAGGAUGUUUGGGGAAGCCUAGGCUCCAGUGUUCAGCUAAACUGCACUGUUCUGCUAAGCUCUAAUAACAGUGACUGUGAUACCCAUCCGCAGUGGAGCAAAAAUGGAGAACCCCUCUUCAACUUUACACAGAACACCUCCCAGUGGUUAACAAGUGAAGGUGGGGUGAUUGCAAACAGCAUUCUGACUGUGAGGCUAAAGGAAGAUGUGGAUUUUGGUCUAUACACUUGUGAAAUAUGGAAUAGUACAACCACCUUCAGGCUUCAGAGCACUUUUUCCCCCAAUCACAUAGGAGCAAUGGUGGCAUCAAUAGUCUUGUUUGUUGUUUUUGUUCUGACUGCUGUAGUCUACACUAAGUGUCACCUCAACUUCAAGCUCUGGUAUAAAAAUUCAUAUGGAGAUUAUGAAAUGAAUGAUGGCAAAAUGUUUGAUGCUUUUAUUUCAUACAUGAAUGAUGAGAAUGACCGGAAGUUUGUGAAUUUUAUUCUGAAACCUCACCUGGAGAAUAAGCUUGGGCACAAGUUAUUUCUUAACGACACAAACAUCCUUCCUGGGGCAGAGCCGUCUGCAGAGUUGCUCAUGAACAUAAGUCGCUGUCGGCGGCUCAUUGUCGUGUUGUCUCAGGCCUAUAUAGAGCAGGAGUGGUGCACCACCAACUUCAGACGGGGCUUAUUCCACCUUCUUGAACUGUCACAGAAGCCCAUCUUCAUCCUGUUCCAGUCUCAGCAAAAGCAUGUAAAUGUGGACAUUAUCAGCCAACUCCGACUGCAUCAAACACGCAUUACCACUCUAAUAUGGGGGGCACAUUCCAUGACUCCAUCAUCUGGAUUUUGGAAAGAGCUGACCUUGGUUAUGCCACAUAAGGUGGUGUUUCACAGUAAGUCAGCAGGAGACCCUCAGACACUCCUACAGAGUGAUAAGGACCCUAUGCUCACCCUACAGCCUGACUACCUUGACUGCAGACAAGAUCCAGAUCCUGAGGGAGACCUGGGUUCACAGAUGCCUAUCUAUAAAGUGAUGUCGUCCAGGCACCCAGUUCUUCCUGCUGUUACAGAUCCAGUAAUUGAAACCAAAGCUCCAGAUAUUGAUGUGUCUGACCUAGGCUCCCGAAACUAUGCUGCUCGAACUGAUUUUUAUUGUCUGGUCACUGAAUAUGAUUUAUAAUCAUCAGGAACUAAAUAAGAACACAUUGAAAACUCAUUUUUAUUUCACUCCAUCAGGUGCAAGGAAGAACAGGGGCUAUGUAAUUAUAAACCCCAUAUUUGGCAAGGCAGAAGGACAUGAUUCUUUAACCGAGCCACGCUACUGAUGACCACAAGUU